UAUAAAUUGUUUAAAAUGCCUCUGCGAUCUCUCAUGAAUUAUUUGCUGAAUAACGAACGUUUAGUUCAGAAGUUGUCUGAAUCUUAUCCAGUUCGAAGAGCUGCGCAGUUAGCCAUUUCGCUAAUGUAUAGAUCAAAAUCAAUUUUAGGUGACAACACUGAGAAGCUGGCAAAUAAUCCAAUACGAAAAUUCUAUUUUAUUAAAUCGUUCAUAGACAAUGUGAAGGAGGAAUACAAAAAACUGCGUGAAAUCAGUGAUAAAAAACCAAAAUAGAAAUGAAUUACUACUUUUCAAUGUUAAUAGUUAUUU